AUUGUUUUCUCUCUCUUCCCCCCCUCUCUCUCUCUCUCUCGUACGCUCUCCCUCUUUCUCACGCUCUCCCUCUUUCUCAUCAUCCCACAGUUUCAUCUCUCUCACUCCCCAUCUCAUCCUUCACCAUAACAUCCACCCCACAACCUCCACCACCAUCUACGAAUCAAUCACUCGUCAUGAGAGUGAGGGAGUGGCCGAGUGAGAGAAGAUUUACCGGCGGGAGAGAAGUUCUGGCGAGGAGGAGGAGUUCCGGCCGAGAGAGUUCUUGUGGCCGUUUGUGGUGACACGGCGGUGCUUGGCAACGGCGGCGACAAAGCUUCUUGCUCCUUCUUUCCUCUGGUUCGAUCUUAAUUUCUAUGCUCUGUUUAUUUUUUAUUUUUUUUCGAUGUUUUCUUUUGUUGGUGAGGAUGGUUGAAGAUUGGAGGUGAUGGUGAUGUGUGGUGGUUAUGGUAGAUGGUGAUGUAUCUCCAAAUUCAUCUUUUAGAUUUCAUCUUUCUCAAUUUGUCAAUAUUCAUCUCUCUAAUUGGUUCCAUGGAAGGAUAAAGCUCCUCCAUGGAAGGAUAAAGCUCCUCCAUGAAAUUUGAUCUUUGGAUGUCAAUAAACUCAGCUAGGAAAAUGGUGAAAACUGGCGACCACAACCUUUUUAAUGGGAAGAGGUUAUUAUGUUUUUGAGUUUGAUAAAAUAGUUUCUCCUGCAAAAUUGCACCAAAUCCAUUAUCCAAGGUAGAUUUUGGUGGUUUUGAUUUUUGAUUUUUAUUUAGGUUUUCAAUUUCUGUUUUGAAUUUCUUUGUAAGAUUUGGUGAAUCUCACCGCAGCACGUGACGUCACUCCUCUCUCCAUUAACCAAUGUAGGAGAAGGAAGAAGAAAUUCUAGGGAUUAGCACAGUUUCAGCAAGAGGAAGGGGAAGCUUUGCCAGAAAAACUCUCACACAUGUCUUGAUCCAGAUGCUAGCAGAGUGGUUGAGAAAGUUGAAAUUGAGUAUCUACCAAAGAAGGUAGACCUAUAUGAAGGCAUGGAUGAAGAAUUUAGAAAAAUAUUUGAGAAGUUUAGUUUCACUGAUGUCGCUGCUUCCGAGGAAACUGAUAAGAAGGACGAGGUGGCAGAAAAUGCAGUUACUAAAAAGAAGGCUGGUUCUGAUUCUGACUCUGACGAUGAAGAAAACGAGCAAGAAGAAAAAGAUAUGAACCAUCGCUACAACAAGACACAUCCUGACAUUCGUCCUUUUUCCAUGAUGACAAGAACAGGGUAUAUGGAGUACAAUCCCAUGAAGAAUCGAGGGAAACUACCAGAAAUUUAUGCACGUGUCAUUGGUCAGUACAUUGGUGAUACAGUUUUCUUACAGGACAUCAACGAAAAUCAAAUCCAAGUAGCUGUACUCAAAAAGAACAAUUCAGAAAUUUAUUUAACUCAUGGUUGGUCUCGAUUGAGAGAUUUCUAUAACAUCAAUGCUGGUGCUUGGAUUACUCUUUUGUUGAUCAGUCCUUUUGUUUUUUUCAUCCGGGUUCGAUACAUUACUGGCAUGGAGAUCACCUAUCCUCAUAAAACUCCUCCAUAUAAGCUAAUGUUGGAAAAACCUUUCCUUGAAGCAACUUCAAAUGGACCUAUUCCCUACUUUGUUCUCCCAAAAGUUUUUUCACAGUCUUGAGAAAACUCUCACUAUUCCUGAUGUCCAAACUGGGACUUUGACGCAUUGGAGAGGUUUCUGUCAAAAUGCAUUACCUAAUGAGGAGACUCAACUCAGAUUAAUUGAUUGGCUUGGUAAUACAUGGAAUCACUGUGAUCUCAAGUUUGUCAAUAGUCCUUAUAUCAGCUGUAAGAUUUCAGGCCAAUGGGGUGAUGUUUGCAAGGUGCAUAAUUUGGCUAAGGAUGUAAUUGUUAAAUUUGGCGUCACCGAGGCAUCCAACAAUAGGACCAUCUACUUUAAGCUCGCUCCUUUCAUUGGUGUUAGAACUACCCUACAUGCUCCUUCAACAUCCAGCAACCGGAAGAAAUUCUACCAGAGCCAGCACUAUUACAUGCUCUAGAUUUCCUACUACCUAUCUUUUGGAACUUUUUAUGUAAUAUGUGGAACAAAAUUGAAUUUGUCUGCUUUUUGAGGUUCUUCAUCUUGCUUAGAGUGUAACUCUCUAACAAAGACAUGCUCUUUUAAAUGCCAUUUUGGACUAUUUUAGUUACUAUGCUUUGUAGGGAAUAUUAUGAUAUAAAUGACAUUUUGGACUAUUUUGAUCAAAA